AUGGUGGACACUGUAGGUAGCUUGGGACCGAGAGAAAUGAUUCCCUGGAACCUUCAAUGCACAAAACCGGAAGGCAGGACGGAGUUCAUUGAUGAUAUUGAUAAUGAUGGGGAGAAUCCGCCUGGCCUGAGGUGCCUCAUUUUACCCGCCAGCACGAAGGACCUACAUCGACGGCUGUUGAAGACCAGUUUCUUGGGAAAGCCGGUGCGGCAUGCCGCCUUCGAUCUGAGCGCUUUCAACUGCGUCUCUGAUGUAGUCGCGGCAGUAGUAGUUGCAGCAAUGGCAAUGCCAGUUGCAUUGACCUAG